AAUGCAAUAGAAAUGUCUUGCGGAGAUCUUUUAGGCAUGCUAGAUGAAAAAAUAAAAUUUGGCGAGAGUUUAAUCUCAAAACUGAAUUUGGUGCAACACUUAGAUGGAGUUAUGAAAUUACAAAGAAAAAUCCGGCAAGAAGUAGAGUUCUUAAAAAAGUUACAGAAAUCAAAGAAAGUUAAAAUUGAACAACUAUCAUGUUCCAAUUUGCGGCAUCUGGGUGCCAUGGUGGAGUGUACCAUGAGACCAGGAGUUGUAGCUGUGUGCAAAAUAUUUCACAUAGAUGAUAAUAAUAAAUUAGUUAUUGAUAUCAUUAGUGAAGAUGGCAAGAUAUGGACUAAAGUAAUAGCACGAAAUCCAAAAUCCCUCACGGCAUUGAGUACUGGUAAUGCAUCAUAUGGAGCAAGAUCUAUUCUUGAUCAGGCUGAUGAUUAUUUAGAGUGUGCUAAACUAUAUCCAUGUAUGUAUCAGUCACCAAAGGUAAUAUUUGAAUUUAUGAGUGGUAUAGAACAAAAUCUAGCUAAUAAGCUGAAGGCUGUAGGGGUUAUAGUCAAAGGAAAUAUCUUGCCUGAUUCAAAUCCCAUUGAGGACUGUGAUGAUUCAUGGGAGUCUGAAGAUACUGAUGAAGAAACUGUAUGUAAAAGUCAGGAAAUAGUACUGCAUGACAUAGAACAAUGCAUAGAAGAACACUCAGAGAUUACAACACUGAACCUUGAUGUCACUGCUAUGAUGGCAUAUGUCAGCAACAUGACCAAUGGUCAUUGCAAAUAUGUUUUUAAACAAGAUGUACUAACGCAGCAGUCUGCAUGGGAAGCAGACAGGCCUGUGAAACCUGUUUUGGAUAAAUUCUUUGAAGGAAAGAUAUUAAUUUGUUGUACUACAGCUUGGGAUGAUUUUCAAAAGAUUGUUGACACUUUGGGUGGACCAAUGGAAAAGAAAAGGACAGAAGAAUUAAAGGAAAUUAUUAAAGUGAUUCCAGAUGAUUUUGGUGGUGAUGAUGAUUACCCAAGAAGGAAUCUUAAAGUAAGGGGUCAUGUUCGUUUAAGAUCAAAGAUUGUAUUUAAUUUUGGACAUAGAAUGAAGGCUCUUACAGUGUCGGCAAAUGAAGGUUUUGUUAGAGCGGCCCGGCAGCAGGGUGUGACGUAUGCCGCAUUUAUACACGAGUCUAGAGCACUCACAGAAAGUAAAGAAGCCACUGCCACUGGAAUAUUAUGACCCGUUGGAGCUAUUACUACUGCAUUUUUUUUUAAUUUAAAAGUAAUUAAUUACCACAAUUGGUGACAUCUUUGAAUCUGAUUUUGAUUGAUUAAUUUAUAUAAUAAUAGGUAUAACUAAUGCUGUGAUUAUUAUACAUUUUAAAUAUAUAA